GAAGGCAUGUGCUGGUUUACAGGUGCGACGUAUAAAAGUGGCGAUAAGCUAGAGUGGUUAUAACAUAUAAAGUGAGGAGAAAAAGCCUCUUGCCAUCAUUCUCUGCUGGAGUUCGCCGUGGUAAAUUGCAGAGCGAACUCGGAAAACGUUCUGAACUCCACUGACUGCUUAAACGUAUCCUAGCUGUCAUCACUGUAGAAGUUACCCUCUAGACACUGGUUAUGAAGUCUGCAGUGAGUUUCUUAUCUUUAGUUCUUUUCUGGCAAGGUGCUUUACGGAUGGGAUAUCACCACAGUCCAGGCGUUGAAGCCAGCCAUUGCGAGGUUGAAGAAGGACAAUUGGUUAAAAAGCUAGUAGAACUCCACAAUGCAUCAGUGAGGCUCGCAUUGUUGAAGAGUAAGGGUCGCAAGCAAGUUCAUUUUGCCGAGGUGUGCCCUGGAUAUUGUGAUGAAAAUAACUUGGGGAGCUGGUGUUCUCCAAACUGCCGGUGUCGGGUCUUGGGUGUGGUUCAUCCGCCCAUAUACUUAUGUUUUGAGGAAGGCAAACCACUUCCGCUUGGAUUCAAGGAAUUCUGACGCACAUUUUCCUGUGCCUGUAUUCUAUAGCUGCACUUAAAUUAAAACAAAGGUAAAGCUGAAAUAAAACGUUCAC